UACUACUACUACUACAUGAAUUGCCCACGGUGUUUUUGGGUUACCAUACCUACAGUAAGUCCUGGCCUGCAGAUCUUCCUUAUUUCCGUUGCCACCAAGUUUUCAAUGGAAAGUAAGAUGUACUCUAGGAAAAUAAUUGUAGCCCCAAUGGUACGGGUGUGCACUUUACCAUUUAGGCUUAUGGCCAUUGAUUAUGGAGCUGAUUUGGUUUAUACAGAGGAAACUAUAGACUUCAAGAUGCUGCGAUCUGUAAAAAAAGAUAAUGAGAUUCUAGGGACUGUUGAUUUUGUGGACAAAUCUGAUGGAACAGUCUUCUUCAGAACAUGCACUAAAGAGCAAGGAAAAGUAAUCUUUCAACUGGGUACAUGUGAUCCUCAGCGAGCUCUCAAAGUCGGUAAAAUGGUGGAACCAUAUGUAGCAGGGUUAGAUGUGAACAUGGGAUGUCCCAAGGAAUUUAGCAUUAAAGGAGGUAUGGGAGCAGCACUUCUAACUCAACCAGAAAAAGUAAGUUGCAAGUUUUUGUUCCCCUUUAAUUUAUGUAUACUGAAUUUAUACUGUUGUCAUCAGCAAAACACCAAGAGAUUUACAAACCUUUCCAGUGGUGGCUCAAAAGAGAUAACUUGUUAUGAGGAUAUCGAGAGGUUCAGAAUAGAAACAGGGGCAGCAAGUGUGAUGCUAGCAAGAGCUGCUAUGUGGAACUGUUCAAUAAUACGACAACAGGGUUUCAUCCCUUUGGAUGAGGUGGUGGAGACGUAUUUGAGAUAUUGUGUAGAUUUUGAUAAUCAGUUUACAUACAGUAAGUAUACUGUUCAAAACAUGUUGAGAGAACUUCAGGACACGCCUAGAGGUAAAGCCUUUCUUGAGACGCAAACUCUUCAGGAGAUUUGCCAGAUCUGGGAUUUGAAAGAGUAUUUUGAAGCAAAACUCAAAGAGCAGAAUGACCUUCAAAAGCUAAAGAAUAUUAAGUGUGAGAGUAACAAGACCUACAUGCCUCCAAAUGCAGAUUAUGUUUCCAUAACAGAGAUGGUGGAAAAUGGACAAAAACAUUUUGAAAUGGCUGUGAAGUUUAUACGUGGAAACUUCAAUAAUGCAGAUCUUCCCAAGAUGCUUUUAAAUACACAUAUAUUCCGAAAAAACCUAACUGGGCCUGCAUUUACCUGUGCUGUUCAAGAUAAAUUUUUUGGGGCUACUGUAGAGGUGGAUGGUAUCAAGUACUCUUCAACACUAAGGGAGAAAAGUCGCAGGUAUUCGGAACAGGCAGCAGCUAUGGUAUGUCUGCACGUUUUGAAGGUAGUGGACAAGACAUAUGGAUUUACCCCAACAGUAGGAGCUAGAAAAUACCAGCAUGUUAUAGAUGAUAUGAAGACCACAAGAAAAGGUGAAAAGAGAGAUUCAUCAGGCAACAAUAAUUCUGGAGCUGAUACUGUUAGUGAAGCUGACAUCAAGAAGCAAAAGGUUAAGGUUUUAGAAGCAAAUGGGAGUGAAGAUGUUGAAAAAGGCACAGCUGUUCAAACAGUGGCUUCUUGAUAUCAAAGCUUUGAAGAGUAGUUUAUGGACAUGGAGAUAAUCUACAAUUUUAUUUCAUAGGCUAUCAUAUUUAUAUUUCAUAUCCCAGUCAUAUAAUACAAAAUUGCAUGUUAGUUGAAGAAAUGCAAGAAUAGUGUAAGGUACUUCCAACUUUUGAAACACAAUAAUAGUAAAUACGUACAAGCAGUCCCCAGUUACCAUCCGGGGUUCUGUUCUAGGUGGGUUGCUGAUAAGUGAAAACCGGCAUUAGCCGAAGCUCGGUGACUUAUGGCGCUUGGCACCAAGUUUCUGUUAAUUGCGCCUCGGUUAUGUAUGUUAUGGGAUCAUGACUCUAUUAUUGGCACCUUAACGGCACUUUAUAGCACCAAUAACUGUGAAACUUGGCUUGUUAUGGCACCAUAAAUUGCUAGUUUUAUGGUGCUAGACAAGCGCCUUGAAACCAGAUCGCCAUUAACUGAGUCCACUGAUUACUGGCGACUGCCUAGUUCUUAGCUUAUUCCCAGUAUUUAAGGAUAAAAACACAUGGAGAUAUAGAGAGUGACCCCGAACAUGCAUAUUUAAUAUUAUAUAUAUAUAUAUAUAUAUAUAUAUAUAUAUAUAUA